AUGGGAACUGUACCAAACCCUAAGAGGACUGUUACUGUGCAAAUGGUCCCUCGAUUAUCCGGUACAGAUACUUCGUGCAACAAGGACACUAAUGCCAACUGUCUCCAGGAAUCCAACAUGAACUUGAACAAGAGUCACUCCUCUGCCAAGAAAACAAAACCAGGUCAGGAUAACACACAACACGGUUCUCAGUUCACAGCUAAAGAAAAACCCAUGGAUGAGAAAUCCAACUCGGAUUCUUUACACAGUGGAGGUCAUAUGAACCCUGACAGCAAGGAACAUCUGGCAGACACCAAGAUGGAUCACUGUACACAAAGUGCUAAGGAAAGUCACAAGGACUGCAAUAACUCAGAUCUGUUACGAAACACUUCUGGGGUAAACAAUGUUCAGAUGAUUAAUCCCUCAUCAGAGGUACCACGGUCUACGGCUGAACAGGAAAGACAUGGGAGUCCUACUAAAAAAGCAAACAAUGGCAAGCAGUGUGAGGAUAAACUACAGAGUGGAGCAUCAGCAACUGAGGAGGAACAGAGUAUAUUACUGGCAACUGAGGGGGUAAAAAACAAAUCAUCAGUGAAUGAGAAAGUACACAGACGAUCAUCGACUGAGAAUGUUCAAAGUAUGUCAACAGCAACUGAGGGGGUACAGAGUAGAUCACCAGCAACUGAUGAAGUGCAAAGCAGAUCACCAGUAACUAAGGGGGUGCAGAGUAGAUCACCAGCAACUGAUGAAGUGCAAAGCAGAUCACCAGUAACUAAGGGGGUACAGAAUAAAAUAUCAGUAACUGAUGGGGUACAGAGUAGAUCCCCAGCAGCUGAGGGGCUACAGAAUAGAACAUCAGGAGCUGAGAGGGUACAGAAUAGACCAUCUAAAACUGAGGUGGUACAAAGUGGAUUACCAUUGACUGAGACAGUGCAGACAACUGAGAAUGUUCAAAGUAGAUCAUCAACAGCUGAUAUUGUAAAAAGCAGAUCAUCAAUAACUAAUGGGGUACAGAGUAGAUCUCCAACAACUGAGGGGGUACAGAGUAGAUCACCUGCAACUGAGGGUGUACAGAGUAGAGAUUCAGCAACUGAGGGGGUACAGAGUAAAUCCCCAGCAAAUGAGAAAAUAGAGAGUAGAUCAUCAGCAACUGAUAUGGUAAAAAGCAGAUCAUCAAUAACUGAGGGGGUACAGAGUAGAUAUCCAGCAAGUGAGGGGGUACAGAGUAGAUCUUCAGGAACUGAUAAGGUAAAAAGCAGAUCAUCAAUAACUGAGGGGGUACAUAGUAGGUCAACAGCAGAUAACAAAACACAGAUCAGAUCAUCAAUAACUGAGGGGGUACAGAAUAAAUCAACAGGAACUAAGGGGGUACAGAAUAAUUCAGAAACCGAGGAGGAACAGAGUAGGUCGUCAAAAAUUGAUAAGGUACAGAGUAGAUCAUCCACGACUGAGGAGGUACAGAGUAAGCUAUCAGAAACUGAUGAAAACAGCAGUUGUACAGACACAGUAAAGAAGUUAUGCCACACCAAUAAUCCAGAACCCCCAGCUGCUGCUGUGGCUUUAUCUCAACAAAAUCCAGCAAAUCAACCUCAACCAGAUGCAAUCAAGAAAUCCCAGGAAGCUAUUUCAUCAGGAGAUUGUUCCAAGACAGUUUCUAAACUUCCGGAGACCUCUCAGCCAACAAAGAGUAAUGAGAAACCUACGGGAGAUGUUUCCACAUAUCAAGCAAACAAAACAGAGGUGAAGGAGAAGAAUUGCAACCUUGAAUCUGGGCAUGAUGCAAAUACUAAACCCCAGCAAGCAGUUACCACAAACAGCACCCUGUUCUCUACUGAAACAUCAUCAAUUCACUCCCCCUGUACUGAAGUGAUUUGUGAUGUGGUCCAAACACAUGGAUCUGCUUCUGAAGAAAAUACGACCAAACGUUGUAGGUCGUAUCAAGAAUCACCGACCAUUACAUCAGCAGAGGGUCGUAUCUCGUUCUCUAAACAGCACCAGGAUGUGGCGGUCCAGGCUGUAGCUACGGUCUGCAGUCGAGCAGUGGAGACAAGUCCUAGCCUUGUAAUGCACCAACACGGCGUCAAUCAAAUGUCCGCCUGUCUUCAAAUGGAUGAAAAGGAAAAUCUUGCAGUGGUAUAUAAAGUGAAUACUUCAGAGGUACCUUCAUUUGUUCCUUCAGAGAUUCUCAUUGGCACUGGUAGAUUAUGUGGCCAGAAUCUUGCAACCUUAUCAGAGGGAAUUUGUAAACCAGGUGGUGCCUUGGUGCACAAAGAUGGUGCUCUACAACAGAAGGCCAAACUUGAGACCAGACCAAAAGAUCCACCAGCAUACAAUGCCAAGAAAGGAUAUUUCCCACUUCAGCCAGUUUAUCAGAUUAAUAUUGAGACAUGCAGUCAAAGCAAGGCAUCGACUGAAACUAGAUGUGACAGUCAGAACCACAAAGCCUCCCAAGGGCUUUCUGGAAAUCAAAACUCCAAAAAAGAGAGCUUAUGUGAGUUGCCAAUCACAACAUCUGUUCACGACUCUCAACGUCUGGUUGAUAAAAGUGCUAAAUCAGAGCAACCAGGCAUACUUUCAGACGCUAAAUCCCUUCAUUCACAGCCCAAGGUGACCAGUAUGUGCAUGGAUGCCAAUGUGCAAAACAGAGAGACAGCAAAAUCUCUUUCAGUCCUACAACCCAGCUCUAAAUCAGAAGAAAGGAAGAUGGCUGGACAUCUGGUGGACAAAGAAUCAGUGAAAUCAGUGAAAGAAGGUAGAUCCAAGUUGGAGCUAGAGAGGAAUAAGAAGGACGCCAAGCCAAACAAGAAAACCAGCCGUGACGUAUUGUGGGAUGAACAAGGCAUGACUUGGGAGGUUUACGGUGCAUCACUGGAUCCAGAGACUCUCGGUUUUGCCAUUCAGAGUCACCUCCAGUGCAAAAUAAAAGAUCAUGAAAAGAAAAUCAUAACCCAAAUGUCAAUCAGGAAAUCCAUAUCAGGUGGAUCGUCGGACUCGCCAGCUGGUAAAAAGAAAAAGCGCCAACAAGGUAACGUCUUUAGAUCCAUGUUCCGAAAUGUCAGACGACCAAACUGUUGCGUACGCCCACCCCCAUCAUCAGUGCUGGAAUGA